CUAUCUAGGAUAAGAUAUCAAAAUAUGCAGCAGAGCAGUCUGAAAUUUAAUGUCAAAACAGCUCGAUAGAAGGGAGAUUGCGCACCAAACAACUUGAGCUCGACUGACCGCGACAGAAGAAAGAAAAGAAUUGUUCUCAUUUCUCAAUUUAAUUGAAUAAAAAAAUAUAAACUGCAACUGCAUAGUGCUAAGUGCUAGCGGUCGCAGCACUCGAGUACUUGACUCAGGAAGUAAAAAGUGCUUUGUUAUUCCUUUCUAUUGUUCGUUUGUUUUAAUUAGCAAGGCGAAUUCGAAUUAACGUGUUAAUAGGAAAAAUGGAACGAGUUUAAACAGGAUAAUAAAUGUAUAAGCUCAAGAUGUUUAGUUCAAUAAAAACAUUCACGACAAUAAUUCUACUCGUCUUCCUUAAUAUUAUUCUGGCGAUUGAUCCGUUAGAAAACGAAAUAGACGACAGCCAUGUGUUUCACAGGAAUUUAAAAUCGCCAGCCAGCCUCUUACAAGGCGAAGUAGACAUACUCAAACUCCUUAACAUAUCUCCAAAAGAUCAAGGAGUAUCAGCAAUUGAAGGUCCGAUUCGUAAUUAUCCUGCCUACAAGUUCCGGCUUCCUUAUGGAAAUGUCCUUUUGUCAAACGCCACCAAUGUUACCACGGCCAUGAAUAACCCCAGUGGUUUCACAGCAAUUUUUUUGUUGAGGCAGCAAAAGAAUAACCUAGGAACACUGAUGUCAGUGAACUCUCCUGGGAGAUUGACUCCUUGGUUUCAAGUUAUUAGCAAUUCAAAAACAGGAAUUUUAACUGUGAAAUACAGGUUGAAGGGGUUGAACAAGAUCAAACAGAUCGAUUGGGGAUUGCCUAAGCAUCACAGGAAAUCUCCAAUGGCAGCUUGGAACUGGAUAUCGAUUUCGUUUGAUACAAAAAAUGGUAUGAUUCGAUUAGAUCUAGAUUGCGAACCAAGCAGAUUUGAGAAUGUUAAACAAAGAAAAUCUCUUGGACAAUUUGGUAUUCCAGCAGAUUCGCUAGUAUAUUUUGGACAGGAACCUGGCCGAAAGAAAAAAUAUUUGGGUUCAAUUGAAGUGGCCAAAGUUCUGCCUUACGUCACACAACAAAGACUGUGGUCUUGUAUGCAAAUUGCUUCAAAUUUGUCUCCAGAAUUUCGAAAACCAGUUACUUAAAUAAAAAAACCGUUUAAAGUAUGUGAUAUAAAUAAAGGACUGGUUUUAUUUAUAUAAAAUAAUAUAUUCCAGGUAUAUAAAAGUAUUUAUUUUGUUCCCUGGUAGACCUACAUUAUUGUUUUUAUAAAAUUAAAUUAUUAAUUAAAAUCAAACAGGUUUAUUUAUACAGGGUCAUUCUAUAUGGGCGGAACGGGUCAUUCUAUAUGAGCGGAA